UGUUCGACGUCUCCUAACGCAUACUAGAAGGAAGAGAUUGGCUCUGUCUCUAUGGUUUCCAACAAGCUAGACACUGGUUCGCGAGAUGCAAUCAGCUGGCUUCCUGACGAGGUUCUGGGCAACAUCUUGUCCCUCCUUCCGAACAAACUUGCUGCUUCAACUUCUCUUCUUGCUAAAAAGUGGAGGCAUGUGUUUAGAUCCCCUUCUGAUUUGUAUAUCCCACUUGUGGCUUCACAAACCCACUACUGCUUCGAAACUCCUUCUGAGGAUGUGCUUUCUCAUACAACCUUCCUAACACAAAACACUGACGCGUUGACUGUGGACUCUCGAACCGUUAUAACAAACUCUAACUUCCCUCUUCCUUCACUAAUAACUCCACACGUGUCUCCUACUUCUCCUGUGUCAGAGUGGCCUGUGAUCCGAGAGAGCUUCAGAAAUUUUGUGGACAGAACACUCGCCUUGCAAUUCGAAUCUCCCAUCAAUAAGUUCUCUCUAAAAUAUCACGUUAACAACAGCAGCGAUGUAGUUAAUGAGCGCCGCUGGAUAUCAAAUGUCGUUGACCGUUGUGUUUUGGAAGUGGACGUUAGUUUGAUGCCUGGUUCGGGAGUCUCCGUAGAUGUUGAUGACCUCUUCAGGAGCGAGACACUGGUUAAGCUGUCUCUGGGAACGGAUCUUGAUCUUGGAGUUCCUCCGGAUGUGUAUCUUCCAGCGCUCAAGAGUCUCUUCAUCGAUUCCAUCGUGUUUGACUAUAAAGAUCUCUGUGAUGUGCUUCUUCCUGGUUGUCCAAUGCUUGAGGAGUUAACUGUUCGGCACGAGUAUGAGUUUUACCCUUACAGCUUAUCGAGUCAGAGCAUCAAGAAGCUGACAGUUUACUAUGAUUGUGAAGCUGGAAUUGAUUCUAUUUCUGAUAUGUCAUUUGACGCCCCAAGUCUUGUCUCUCUCGACUACACUGACUAUGCCUUGUCUGAGUAUCCACUUGUUAACUUGGAAUCUUUAGUCAGAGCUAAACUGAACCUUUGUUAUUCUCGAAAGAUCGAGAGGCCGGAUCUAACGGGUCUCGUUACAGGGAUAAGCAACGUCGAGAUCCUGUAUCUUUCUCCGGCUUCUGCUGAUGUAAGUCUUUGUGUUUUUCACUUGAGAAAGAUCUUGGACAUUCUUGAAAGCAUAUAUGUGUGUUUCAGGUGAUUGCUCGAUGUGUUAAAGAUGGACUAGUUUUACCGGUGUUCAAGAAUCUG